GCCUGCCUGGCUGCCCCUGGGCGAGAGCGGACGCGGGCUUCUGCUCCUCGAGCCGCCUCCCCUCCGCCCCCGGGGCCGCGCACCCUGCACCCCUAGAGGAGCCCCUCCCUGAAGCAUGUUUUUCACUUGUGGCCCAAAUGAGGCUAUGGUGGUCUCGGGUUUCUGCAGAAGCCCCCCUGUCAUGGUGGCAGGAGGCCGGGUCUUUGUUGUGCCCUGUAUACAACAGAUCAGGAGAAUCUCUCUCAACACACUGACCCUCAAUGUCAAGAGUGAGAAGGUCUAUACUCGUCAUGGGGUUCCCAUAUCAGUUACUGGCAUUGCCCAGGUGAAGAUCCAAGGCCAGAACAAGGAGAUGUUGGCUGCUGCCUGUCAGAUGUUCCUGGGGAAGACUGAGGGUGAAAUUGCCCACAUUGCACUGGAGACUUUGGAGGGCCACCAGAGGGCGAUCAUGGCCCACAUGACAGUAGAGGAGAUCUAUAAGGAUCGCCAGAAGUUUUCAGAGCAAGUGUUCAAAGUAGCUUCAUCUGACCUCGUCAACAUGGGCAUCAGUGUUGUUAGCUAUACUCUCAAGGAUAUUCAUGAUGACCAGGAUUAUCUGCAUUCCCUGGGGAAGGCUCGAACAGCUCAGGUCCAGAAAGAUGCACGUAUUGGGGAAGCUGAGGCCAAAAGAGAUGCUGGGAUCCAGGAGGCAAAAGCAAAACAACAGAAGGUAUCUGCUCAGUACGUGAGUGAGAUAGAGAUGGCCAAGGCACAAAGGGACUAUGAGCUGAAGAAGGCUGUUUAUGACAUUGAGGUCAACACCCGACGUGCACAGGCUGACCUGGCCUACCAGCUGCAGGUAGCAAAGACAAAGCAGCAUAUAGAGGAGCAGCGAGUACAGGUGCAGGUGGUGGAGCGGACCCAGCAGGUUGCAUUGCAAGAACAGGAGAUAACUCGUCGAGAGAAGGAGCUGGAAGCUCGAGUGAAGAAGCCCUCAGAGGCUGAGCGAUACCGCCUAGAAAGACUAGCUGAGGCAGAGAGGUCCCAGCUGAUUAUGCAAGCAGAGGCUGAAGCUGAGUCCAUUCGGAUCCGUGGGGAAGCAGAAGCAUAUGCUAUAGGGGUCCGGGCCCGGGCAGAGGCUGAGCAGAUGGCAAAGAAGGCAGAGGCCUUUCAGUUGUACCAGGAGGCUGCCCAACUGGACAUGUUGCUAGAGAAACUGCCCCAGGUGGCAGAGGAGAUCAGUGGUCCUCUAAGUUCUGCCAAAAAGAUCACACUGGUAUCUAGUGGGGGAGGUACACUGGGGGCUGCCAAGGUAACCGGGGAAGUAUUGGAUAUCCUAACCCACCUGCCAAAUUGUGUGGAGAAGCUCACAGGUGUCAGCAUUUCCCAGGUGAAUUAGAACAAGCCAGUUUUGGGAGCAACAACAAAAGGAGGGUAUGGAUUAAAUUCCUAUUCCCUCACGCACCAGUCAACCCUUCUGUGAAAUUUUCCUGAAUCGAGCCCUGCCCUCUUUAUUCUAGUCAGAGUGGCCCCACUUCCUUCCACACUGGGGGCCUUCAGACCUUCCUGCUCAUUUGCCUGUGCCUUGUGGGGGGCUGCUCCCCAUUCCCAACCCCACACUGGGAGGAGCUGUCCUUCCCCAGGCUGGUGACUGCCCAUCCCCAAUACACUUAUUUAGCCAUCUAAUUAAAUGAUUGUCUGCCUGAA